CACACUCACUCUUUCAGUAUUUUGAGAGACGUUUUAGCCGGCGAAUGCGUUUGUUUGGAGCUAGCUUAUUUGUUCUCAAGGCGAUUAUUUGGCUUCCCAUUGCCGUUUAUGUGCCCGCUUUAACCUUUAAUCAAGUGUCCGGAAUAGGUAUUCAUACCAUUACUCCAAUAGUGGUCAUCAUCUGUACUUUCUACACCUGCGUGGGCGGAAUUAAGGGCGUGGUCUACACGGAUGUGGUUCAGAGCGUUAUUAUGUAUGGAUCCUUAAUCGUGAUCAUGAUUAAGGGAACAUUGGAUUUGGGAGGAUUUGGAACUGUGUGGAGAAUUAAUCAGGAGGGCGGACGCCUAAAUACCCCGGAAUGGAGUUUGGAUCCCACAGUUCGACUGAGUGUUCUCUCUGUGUUCGUUGGUGGAACUUUCUUUAAGUUGCAAAGCACCUCGAUCAAUCAGGCCACAGUACAACGUUUUAUGUCCUUGCCAUCCCUGAAAGCCAUCAAACAGACCCUCUUUACAUUCUCCAUUGGACUGGUACUGCUCUACAUGGGAUGCGUCUAUGUGGGAUUGGUGUGCUAUGCCACCUAUUACGAUUGCGAUCCUAUGUCUACAGGACUUGCAGGACGUCGGGACCAGCUGGUUCCCCUGCUAGUGAUGCGGGUGCUGGGAGUUGUGCCUGGUCUGCCAGGACUCUUUGUCUCAGCUGUGUUUAGCGCUGCCUUGAGCUCGUUAUCCACGCUUCUUAACUCUCUGGCCGCUGUUAUCCUGGAGGACUUUGUUAAGCCGCGCAUGGGAAAAUCGAUGAAGGAGAACCACGUGGCUCUGACCAUGCGAGUGGUGGUGGUAACCUUUGGCAUAAGCUCCAUUUUUAUGGUCUAUGUGGUUGAGAAGCUGGGCAUGGUACUGCAACUGUCGGCGACACUUCAGUCAAGUUUAUAUGGACCGAUGUUGGGCAUUUUCACGGUGGGAAUGCUAAUGCCAUGGGUGGGCGAAAAGUGCGUUUUCAUAGGCAGCAUUGCCUCCUUUUUGACCAUGGCCUGGAUAGCGGUUAAUGCUCAAAUUGCCAACAUAACAGGAUCCUUCCGACACACCAAGCUGCCCGUUUCCGUGGAAAAGUGUGACUAUGAUUUCGAUAUGAAUCGUUACUUGAACUCCACUUCGGAAUACGAACCUCACAGUGGAUCUUCUAUAUAUCACAUGUCAUUCCUGUUAUACGCUAUGUUGGGAGCCCUACUUACAAUUAUAACUUCAAACUUGGCUACUUUCGUGUACGGACGUCAGGAUAUCAAGAACGUUGAUGAGAAUCUUUUGGCUCCAGUUGUUCAGCGCUACUUGCGAAAAAACAAUUACUAUGAGAGCGUGGAGCUCAAGAAAGUUGAGGUACCAAAGCUCAGUGAAAGUUCCGAUUAAGCGAUUUAAUGAGCAUUGCGGUUGCUGUUACCAUUGCUUAACAGUUUUGUUCCUAUUGAUAAGUAUGAAUUAGUUCAUACAUCAACAUAUUUCCUAAUAAUACGAUGGAGUUUUUGUUUGUUCCUAAAAGUUAAAUAAGAGUUUAAGAGGCUUGUACAUUGGUUGCUUAAAAAGUGUAAAUAAAUAAGAAA